UUGCCGUUAAAUAAGCGCUCGGCAAACUCUCCAAACUUGAAAGGAUACAGAGCACUCGAAAUCAACAAAAAACAUUAUUUCCGCACUCCUCAAAAAAAGACAAUUGUAUCGACUUUUUGUUUUACUUUGUUUUAUCUAGAUUGAAUCUUAAAAUUCCUUCAAUUCAGCAUCCGAGCGAGUUUACCUUUCCCUGACCCUCCCCCUAACUACACUCUGCAAACAACACGAAUCGCUGCGGCAGAAGAAUAAGCAGACAAUGAUGUCCGCGGAAAAGCGUCCUGCGCAGGAUGCCUUUGGAUCGACCCAGCUGGUCAAAAGGCUGCGGUCAGAUUCGAAUCUGGGGCACGGGAGUGGGGGCGGGAGUGCAGUUGCGGUUGUAAAUAGCUCCGCAGCUUUUAUACAUGCGAUCCCGCGAACGAGUGGUCUCGAAGCGCCGAUCAUGGAACUUACAGGACACUCUGGAGAGAUUUUUGCUACGAGGUUUGAUCCGACUGGUCAGAAUAUUGCGUCCGGUUCAAUGGAUAGGUCGAUAAUGUUAUGGCGAACGUACGGACAAUGCGAAAACUACGGCGUAUUAACCGGACAUAAGGGCGCAGUUCUAGAUCUACAGUGGUCGCGAGAUUCAGAAAACAUUUUCUCGGCCUCCGCAGACGUGACCCUUGCCAGGUGGGAUGCCAAAUCAGGCCAAAGAAUACGCCAAUUCAAGGGACACGAGAAUAUCAUCAAUUGCCUCGACGUCUGCAGGAGGGGCCUGGACCUGGUAAUAAGCGGCAGCGACGACGGGUGUGUGGGAGUAUGGGACCUGCGGCAAAGGGAAGCCGUUCACUUCCUAGAGUCUGAGAUGCCCGUCACGGCCGUCGCGCUGGCAGACGCCAGCAACGAGAUAUACAGCGGCGGCAUCGAUAAUGACAUUCAUGUUUGGGACAUACGAAAACCCUCCAUCAUAUACUCCAUGGUGGGUCACACGGAUACGAUUUCGUCGCUGAAUAUCGCGCCGGAUUCUCAGAUGCUGCUCUCCAAUUCUCAUGAUUCGACCGUGCGCACGUGGGAUAUCCGACCUGCGGCGCCCGUGAAUAGACAUAUCAAGACAUUUGAUGGCGCGCCGAUUGGGUUGGAGAAGAAUCUGAUCCGGGCUAGUUGGAAUCCGACAGGGGAGAGGAUUGCGGCUGGCAGCGGUGAUAGAAGUGUUGUUGUGUGGGAUGUGAAGUCUGGCAAGUUGCUGUAUAAGCUGCCCGGCCAUAAAGGUACCGUGAAUGAUGUACGAUUUUCGCCUAGUGAUGAGCCUAUAAUUGUUUCUGGCUCCUCCGAUCGAAAUAUCAUGCUUGGGGAGCUUGGAAAAUAACAAAAUCAGGGGCUCAUAAUCCUUACGAAUUGUUUCAUCGAUUACCCUGAUUUUAUCGCAUGGUUGAUAUCAUAGAUACCAUACGUAUCAGAAAUUGAAGGAAGGGGAAUUUAUUAUUCUAGCCGUGCAUUAUGCGUAUCUCAGAAUCGCAAACUUUGACGGCCACUUUUCUCUGACCAUUUACCGUAACUCAGUCCCGUUUAUAGCCCUUAAAACAAGUUCCAGUGAAUUCUUCCCGCGAUGGUUCCCGCCUCGGUUUUUCUUUUGUAUUUGAAGAGGGGAGUAGCAGGGGUUUCUAUUUUAACUUCCCUAUGCUGUAGGCAUAUAAACUAAGUCAUACUAAAUAUAAAUAUCCUCUUCAAAUCAAGUAUAGAUAUAAAAACAACUGAAAAAAUAUAACAGUUUCAAAAUAAGUUAUAAAGA